UUCCUCAUUAACUUAACUACCAAGUUUCCGAGGAAAUAAUUAAGGAUCUGGUCGGUGAAAUAGAUCUUGUCCAAAACGCCAAUACCAAGUAUAAGAGUUUGCCAGGCCACUUGAAUUGCCAGUACUACCUAAACCCAGAAAUCAAGAACUGAAGGAGAAGAUGAUGGGGGAUGUCUGGUCUCAGCUAGGCCCUUCACUUGCAACACUCAUGUUCAUCUGGACCUUAUACCAGAACUAUUUCCCAGAUCAACUUCGCACUUAUAUCAUCACCCAUGCCCAAAAACUUUACUCCUUUUUCUACCCAUACAUCCACAUCACCUUCCAUGAAUUUGAAAACGAAGAGCUCUUCGACCGCAGCAAAGUGUUCAUGGCGAUUGAGAGGUACCUAAGCUAUAACUCCUCCAAAAACGCCAAGCGCCUGGUGGCCAAAGGCGUCAAAGACAGCACCCAGGCGCUGGUUCUCAGUAUGGACGACCACGAAGAGGUGACCGAUGUGUUUGAAGGGAUUAAGGUUUGGUGGAGCUCCGACCAGCACCCUCCCAGUCGCCAGACAAUCUCGUACUUCCCUAGGGAGGACGAUCGGCGGUUUUUCCAGCUUAAGUUUCACAGGAAGAACCGAGAGAUGAUCACUGGGUCUUACCUGAAACAUGUUUUGGACGAGGGAGAAGCCAUGGCUGUGAGGGACAGGAAGCGGAAGCUUUACACCAACAACAAGAGUGAUGACUGGCAUGGGUGGAGGAGUACCAAAUGGAGCCAUGUGAUCUUCAAGCACCCUUCCAAUUUCAACACUUUGGCUAUGGAACCAACCCGGAAACAGGAAAUCAUGGAAGAGCUUCAUAAUUUCACAAACUCCAAGGACUAUUAUGCCAAGAUAGGGAAGGCCUGGAAGCGGGGAUAUCUCCUCCACGGCCCGCCCGGGACAGGGAAGUCUAGCAUGAUCGCCGCCAUGGCCAAUCUUCUGCAGUACGAUGUGUAUGAUCUAGAGCUCACGGCGGUGAAGGAUAACAGCGAGCUGAGGAAGCUGUUGAUAGAAACUUCCUGCAAAUCCAUCAUUGUAAUCGAAGAUAUCGAUUGCUCUCUUGACCUAACAGGGCAGAGGAAGAAGGAGAAAAAAGAAGAACAAAAAGAAGAGAAAGAUCCAAUCAAGAAGGAAUUACUCAAGGAAACAGAGGAGAAGGAGAAGGGCAGUGAGGUGACUCUAUCAGGCCUUCUAAACGUCAUCGAUGGACUCUGGUCAGCCAUUGGAGAAGAAAGAAUCAUAGUUUUCACCACCAAUUACAUCCAAAAGCUCGACCCUGCUCUGAUUCGGAGAGGGAGGAUGGACAGCCAUAUUGAGCUCUCCUAUUGUUGCUUUGAAGCUUUCAAGGUGCUGGCCAGAAACUAUCUGGACCUUGAAUCCCACCAACUUUUUCCAGAAAUCAGAGCUUUGCUGGGCGAAACUAAAAUCACCCCUGCAGAUGUUGCUGAGAAUUUGAUGCCCAAAUCUGGUAGAGAGAAAGCAGAGACGUGCCUGGAGAGAUUGAUCAAGGCCCUGGAAGCUGCAAAAGAAGAAGCCAGGUUGAAAGCUGAGGAAGAAGAGAGAAGCAAGGCUGCAGCAAAGGAAAAGGAAGAAGCAGCUGCAGAAGACACCAAGAAAGCUGAGAGCUUGGUUAAGGGAAAUGGCGAUACCAAGAAAAGUGACACCAUUGUUAAAGAAAAUGGUGAUACAAAGAAUGAUAAUUAGUAGAUUGGUGGAGUGUACUGUAUUUGUUUGCCCUUUAUUACAACUUUGAUUCAAAUCAGAUUGCGCAGAUCUUUGAAGUAAUAAUUCUCUUAGCUUUUGUGUUUAUUU